GAAAGUUGAAAAAAAAAGGUUAAAAUAAAGUGAAAAAUCCAGCAAAUGCUUUCAAUAAAGACUUAAUGAACAUUUUACCACCAAGCCUUGCUCUGCUUUUCGAUUCUUUAAAGGCCUUCCGACAAAGCCUAUCGCUACACUAUUAGAAGAUUUUAUAUUUAAUCUACAAAGCGAAAUGUCUCUGGCUGCAGGCGUAUUACUAAAGCAUCAAACUCCUUUGCAGCAACUACUGGAAGAUAUUAAUUUUCAGCGUAAUAAAGAAAUGAGACAAUUGCUUAAAGAUGACAGUGGUUUUGUUGUCCUACAAGGCACUACUUAUUGGACGGAUCUGUUUGUUAGACAUUUUCUAUUUCAAUCUGAACCAGUGCAUAGUAUCGAUUCAGAUGAUUUAUUGUUUUUUGUUCGCAAGAAACAUGUUAAGAGUUCUUCUCGCCAUAUGCCAAAAUAUGAGACUGAAGUGGAUGUUUUUCGGAAAGAUUCACGCAAGUUGCCAAUAGGGGAUCCCGAUGUUGAUUGGGAAGAAACUGUUUACCUCAAUAUGGUCAUACAUCAGUUUGAUUAUACGCUAACUUUGGCAAUAUGCACUCGUACCUCACCCAAGGAAUUGCAAGUUUUACGUCGUCAUUCUCAGCGCGUCUAUGCGAGUCCAAGCAGACGAAAAAUGGAUACUAAAGGUGAAGGCGAAGAGAUAACUUAUCCGCACAUUUGCUUUAUGGUGGACAAUUUUGAUGAGGUUUUUAGUGACAUUUUGGUGCGAGACGGCGAAAUGGUUUGCGUAGAAUUAGUCGCUAACGAUAAAGACGGCGCUGUUCAGGGUGUCAUUUUUUUGGGUUCCAUACGUUAUGAUGCCUUAAAGAAAGUUUACGACGCUAGGCAAUCUAGUUUAAGCACGAAAGUAGCACAGCGUAUGUCUUUCGGUCUAUUUAGCAGUGGCGCGGGCGUGCAGACACGCUGUGAAUUUGUGCGUAUGAAAGGCCCCCAAGGGAAGGGGCAUGCCGAAAUGGCCGUAACUAAACCCAAAGGAUCAGGCGUAGAAACUCCCACCAGCGAGCCAGGGUUUUGUGCCACUGACAUGUGGGAUGAUUGGGAAGAGGAUAAUGGUGAUUAUUGCUCAUACGGCCAUCAACGUCGCCUUAGUGAUCCUAGUGCUAAUUUAAAUAAUUUUUCACGAUACGCUUGGCGCACAAAAAGCGGUGGUGAUGCGAUCGGGGCUAGUGGUUCGGCGGGUGUCAAAGCACGCUCCGAAAACGAGGGGUUAGAUUCACUAGCUAAUGAAGUCUCCGAAAUAGAAGCAGGCGAUUUGAGAGACGAUCUACGUCCUGCUUUCUCGGCAUCAAAGGAACAACUCCAUAAUCACUCUAAUUGGAAGAGUACGAUCAGGUCUGAAAGUGAAAGUGAACAUAACGCGAAAGAGACCACCGCUGUCGGUGUGGAAACAAUCAAAUACGAGACAGAAGAUAUGACAAUUGAAGUAGUUGCAGACGCUUUAGAAGCCAAUGUUGAAGUGACAAGCGUACCUAAAAAUUCCGCAGUGACAACUAAAAAAACGGCAAAUAAAACGACCGGCUGCGCUGGUAACUGCUUCAAAACGGGGAAAAAGUGCAAAAAACGCUGGGUUUUGAGUAGUGACAUAAAUACGCCAGAAAUGUCAGAAAUCUAUUGCCCGACUUGCGAUGAUUUUGCUAAUGAGACUCCAGCAUGUCUUAAUAAAAUGCCAGAUCCGAGAAAUAAAGUUAAACCGAAGACUAUUGCAAACCUUGAAUCUGAAUUAGUGAUAAGCAAACGCGGCAGCUUAAGAUUGAAUGAAAGAAAGCCGUUUAUAAAAGAUCGCUUGAUGCGCAGUUCUUCGUUAAGUGCAGCCGAUAGAAAAAGAGGCAAGAAAAAUGAGGCUUCACCCAAUAAAAAGGAAAAACCUAAAAUUAAGGAUAAAGAUAAAGAUAAAAUUAAAGAAAAGUUAAGUAAAGCGAAUAGCUUGCUGGCCAAGGUUUCACCUAAACGCGUACGUGCCAAUCGCAAUCAAAUUCCAGAAGAUGCAGACAAAAUUAAAAAUAAUAAGGAAAUAAAUUCCCAUAAUAAUUCGAAAAAUUCGAAAAGAGUAUUAAGUCAAGACAAAUCAGUUGCCAAACAAGUUUCGGAAAGUUUAGAAAAUAAUGAAGUAACUCCCUUGCAGGAAUAUGAAAUAGCCGAUGAUGCCGUCUCGUUGAGCGGCAUUGAACUAACACAAGUUGCGGAGAGCGAAGCCAAAAUCGCAAUUCUUACCGAAACCGAUACAAAACUAAUGAUAGCCGUACGGGGUCAAGAGGAAUUACCCGUAGUAGAAGAACCCGCCGAAUCCUCUGCUUCUCAAACAGCAACGAUAACUGAGGCUAUUUCUACCAAUCGUUUGUCAACAUUUUCUCUAACCAAUAGCCCAUCAUUAUCGCAAAAUGAUAACCCGGUCCAAACAACUUGUGAAUUUGCAAAGUGUGUUCGUGUAGCUGUUAAAAAUGAUGACAACCAUCCUUUGCAACACUCACAAUGUCCAAAUGAUCCUAAUAGUGAAAAUGAUUUUGAAAUUAUUUCAUCAACAGAUGCUAAGGAAUCUGUAUAUAAAUUUAAUCUUAAAAUAGAUGAUAAUGACAAUUGUCAUACAUCACAUACGCAUCGUCUAUCGCCAGUGUCACCGUCAUCGACAUCACCGGUAAAAAUUAGCCAAUUAUCUACUGCUGAGGAAAAGCAAGGGAUUUCAUGCUCGUACUUGUCGACAACAUUGCCGCGCACAAAGCGUUCAGAUGCGAUGCUGGCUCAUUACAAUCGCGUUAUACAUUUAGUACCGAAACGUCGCACGCCAGACGGUACAAACAUCUAUUAUUGGUGUGAUGUACCAAAACAAGCUCUAAAAGAACUUGAUGAUGGUGCUUACAAUCCAUUGUGGGCCAGCCGCGGCUUCGCACAAUCCUUCCAUUUCUGGAAAGAGAAUAAGCGUCAACAAUCGUCGCCGUUAAAUGCUUUCCUUACGUAUGUUACACUGCCAUGGUGGAGCAUAGCAAAAGAUUUGUUGGAUCAUCGCGAAGCUCCUAUCCUAACAUUUUAGUUUUAAAUGAAAUAAGCAAAAAUUAGAUUUAGUAUCUUUUGGGUCAUCGAGUUCAUUACAACUGUUUGGCGAAAGCAGUCGAAAUCUCAUUUUACCCCAUUCUGAUGUUCAUGAAAUCAACUUAAAAAACAUUUUUAGCCUUGACUUGCACUGCUACAUCAAUUUCAACGAUAAAGAUAUCUUUUUAAAUCUUAAUACGCAUAAAGAUGUAAGAUCGUAAAUAAGAAGAUCGAUCUGUAGACCAGAUAAGUAGCUGAGAUGCUUAUUCUAAAAAAGUUUCUAAAAAAAAAAAAAAAAAAAAGCUGAUAAUAAGGAAAUCUACUACUCACAGACUAAUUCAAAAUCAGCGUUACUGCAGCCUAAUCUUCAUAUAAUCUAAUCAUGCCCGAGUAAAAUGCGGGGAAUAUCUAUUCUUCUGAAUCGAUUUAAGCUAUUUAAGUGACAAAUUAUUGAGAGUAGAAAUAUAAUAUACUUAAGUAAAUUCAUUUCAAGUCAGCAUACAUUUUGACAAUACCUUGUAUUUGUAAUUUCUAUCAAACCAAACAGAUAUGAGGAUCCAAUGUGCUGUUAAAGCGCGGACUAAUUAGCUAUCAUUUCAUGCAGCAUAUGAACAAGCAAAACUACUUUGGAAACUUAGUAUGUAGUUAAUAAUAGUUUUCUAAAAUGUCAUAAAAUCAUUUAAAGCGUCUUAAAAAAAGUUUACAUUAUUUGAAAAGAGAAGAGAAACAUUUGG